CUUCUGCGCAGGCACGGCCCGGGUGGCCAGCGGCCGGAGGUGGCUCGCGGUCAGAAGUGCUCCGGCGGGCGCGGUGGCUCCAGUCAUGCAGCCUGCCGAGAUCCAGUUCGCUCAGCGGCUGGCGUCCAGCGAGAAAGGCGUCCGCGACCGGGCGGUGAGGAAGCUGCGCCAGUACCUGAGCGUGAAGACGCAGAGGGAGACAGGAGGUUUCAGUCAAGAAGAACUCCUAAAAAUCUGGAAAGGACUCUUCUACUGCCUGUGGGUGCAGGACGAACCCCUACUGCAGGAGGAGCUGGCAAACACUAUUUCCCAACUCAUCCACGUUGUUAACAACUCGGAAGCCCAGUACCUGUUCAUUCGGACCUUUUGGCAAACCAUGAAUCGAGAAUGGAAGGAGAUAGACCAGCUGCACCUGGACAAAUACUAUAUGCUGAUCCGCCUGGUCCUGCGGCAGUCCUUGGAAGUUCUGAAGCAGAACGGCUGGCAAGAAAGUCGCAUCCAGCUGUUCCUAGAUGUCCUGAUGAAGGAGCUCCUGGGUCCCGAGAGUCAGUCUCCCAAUGACAUCAGGUUCCACUUCAUUGACAUUUACCUGGACGAGCUGUCCAGAGUCGGAGGGCAGGAGCUGUUGGCAGAUCAGAACCUCCAGUUUAUUGACCCGUUCUGCAGGAUUGCUGCCAAGACUAAGGACCACACACUGGUGCAGACUAUAGCUAGGGGUGUUUUUGAAGUCAUCGCAGAUCAGUCUUCCUUUGUACCUGAAGAGGCAGUGGAGGAACAGAAUGGGGUUGACAGUGACCUCUCCAGAGAAGAAACUCCGGGGAAUGAGACACUGAGCAAAAAAGCAGUGAGAAAGAAGGCAGUGCUGGGCAAAUGCCAUUCCAGGAGAGUUGGGAUCAGUGGUGACAGAGAAAGACAUGACUGUGGAACCCUCGAGGACAUGGGGCAGCUUCUCCAGUUUGACUACAAGGCCCUUGCCGACCGACUCCUAGAAGUAACCAGCGGGAAAAACAUCCCGCCCUUCAACCGGAAGCGCCUCUGCAAGCUAAUCAGGAAGUUCCAAGACCUCUCUGAAGGUGGGGCAUCUGUCCUUGGUUUCUCUGAGGACGUUUCUGCUGAUGAAAAUGACCAUGGCCUCAGCCAAGGAAGACUGAAGAGAAAAAGAAAGAAACCCUUGGAGCCAGCUGGGCCGGGGAUGGAGGAAGGGAACAAAGCCAGUCUUGCUGGGGAUGAGGACAGUGAAAGCAGCCUUCAGAAGAGAAAAAGGAGAAAGAGGAAGAAGAACCACGGCCAGCCCGGCCAGCCCGGCCAGCCCGGCCAGCCUGGGACCUGCGGCCCCAGUGAUGCAGCCGCCUCCCUCACCCAGAGCGGAACUGGGACCCAAGAGCCUGGGGCUGCGCAGCCCGCACCCAGCACCUUGUCUGAGGGCAGCCUGGAGCGGUCCCGCUCCACCCCUGGGCGCAGUAAGAGGAAGCGGCAGAAGAAAAGGAGCCUGAGGGUGCAAGGGCAGCUCUGGGAACCCACAGUGUUGCUCCCAGAGGACAGCAGGCAUCCUCCAGCCCCUGCCGCUGGAGCUUCCCCGACAGACAGAGCCCAGGUCCCUAAAAGAAAGUGGAAACUCGGGGCUCUCCCGGUCAAUGGCAGUGGAUUGGGCAUGCUGGCUUGGCCUCAAGCACAGAAGGAAGGAAACGUUGGCCAGGCCACCCUGCCCCAGUGCAGGAGGCCUCAGCACAAGAAGGUGGAGCCAGGGGACCUUGACCUCUAUCCUCUGUCCAGCCAGAAGACCUCGGUGUCCAAGAAGAGGAAGAAGAUGAAGGAGGUGUCAAACUUGGUGGAGAAUAAUGGGGUCCUGAUGUCCAGGGUCCAGCAGCUCCAGGCUGUGGAAAGCAGCAGAACUCGAGCCCCAUUGAAGAAACCCCUGAGGCUGGAGAACGACUUCGUGAAGUUCAACACCCCCCUCCUACCAAAGCCCCUGUUCUUUAGGAAAUCAAAGAGCACCUCUGCCGCCCGCCCUCCAGGUCCUGCCUUCCAGCUGAACAAAGCCCCCUCCAGUUCCAAGAAAGUCACCUUUGGGCUGAACAGGAACAUGACUGCAGAGUUCAGGAAGACAGACAAGAGCAUCCUGGUCAGCCCCACGGGCCCCUCCCGAGUGGCCUUCAACCCGGAGCAGAGGCCCCUCCACGGGGUGCUGAAGAUGCCCGCCAGCACCAUACUGGGGACCAGGACGCUGCUGCCCGCCACUCCCAAGAGGAGGCCGAAGGCCAUGGACUUCUUCUGAGUGCCCAGAGCCGCUUUUUACAGACUGCUUUUGUACAGAGUGUUCUAUAAAUUAUAACUGUCAAAGCACGGGCCUUUUUAUUGUUUCCUAACCCGUGGAUUGUGUGCUGAAGGUGCUGAACGGGGCUAGCGGGCCACCCUGUCCCGUCCCUGUUGUACCCUUUGCUGCAAACACUCGUGAGCCACCGUGCAGGAACCGAGGCCGAGCGUGAGCUGGGGACGCCUCUGCCACGCCACGCCACGCCACGCCACGCCAGACCAGCUCGGACGCUUCAGCCUCACGGUCUGUUCCUCCUGAGCUCUGGGAGCUUCUGAGCAGCUCUUGGACAGCAAGGACUGGAAACCCGAGUAGCACCUUACCUUUUCCACCCAUCAGCAGGGGCAGCUCUGUCCUGAGGCCUUUCCUCUGGCCCUUGCCUGUCCCUCCCUGUCUGACCUCUGCAGCAAGCCCCAGGUGUCUUGGGAGGGUGGCAUCCCCCUCUCCCCUGGGGCCUCCUGCCCUGAGCCCCUGCAGAAGCCUGGGUGAUGUGGCACCCAGCUCGCCCCUACCUCCCGGACCCGGUGACAUGGUGCCAGCCAUAGGUCAGUGCAUCUGCACCCCGAGCUCUCACCAGGCAGGAGGUUGCCUUCCGGAACUGGGCACAUGUAUUUGCCCACUGCCAGAGCUGCCUGUUACCCAAACACAACCCUUGUACUUCGGUUUUCAGACAGCUCUUCGCAUGAUCAGGGUGGAAGGUGCUCAUGCUUUGCUUGGAGAAGCCGAAGUCCGACUUGAAUUUCUUAGAGUCUAAGUCACUGGCUUGUUGCUUUUAUUCGAGGAGACCACCUUGAGCUCAGGAGGUGGACAAAGGACAGGCUCAGAGCCAAGAGGCUACACAGGUGUAGCCGCUGAGGCUGGGCCCUUCCAUGGCUUUCUGGGUUUCUUUUUUGUUGUUCAUUCUCUUGAGUCGGGGACUUGCUGUGUAAUUCAGGCGGACCUUGAAUUCACUCCGUGGCUCAGGCUGGCCUUGAACUCACAGCGAUCCUCCAGCCUCAGCCUCCUAGUGCUGGUGUUACAGAUGUGCACCACCAUGCCCAGCUUUUCCUCCAUGGCUUAUGCAUUUAGAAAUUCUAGAUGGAAGUCACAGGGUGCGUGGUUUGGGCUGCCAAGAGCUCUGUGCUGCCGCCCUGCCCCGUUCUGUUCAGGAGAUCUGUGGCCCUACACCCUUUGUCCCCUCCCAGGGGGCCCCCACACUACUCCCCAACAGAGGAGCCCACAGCUUUGCUGACAGGUCAGCGACUAUUUCCAGUCCCCGAGACCCAAGGGUGGGUGUCACCUGCUCGGGGAGAAAGGGGCCUUCGUGGACUGGCUGACCUCCAUGGGAAGGCAGGGGGCCUUUGUUCCUGGCUGCCCCAGCGAAGCUUCGGCAUAUUCGGUCACAAGGAAGAACAUGACAUGCAGUGAAACUCUGAGUUUUCCAACAGUUUCUCCACCUUGAGAGAUGGGCCACGUGGCAGCUGGGUCCUGACCAGACAUGGGGUAGCAGCGGCACCACAGUUCGAGGACAGUGGCCGCAGCUGCUCUCUCGGCACUCCGCUGACCUGGCUCCUGCUGAAGUCGCCCCAUGAGGCGGGUGAUUGGCACAGAGUGUGUCUUGGGUUCAUUGUCCUCCAAACCCAACUUCCUUCUGGGCGAAAGUCAACAUUUCCUGUGUCUUUUAAAAAGUUUUAUUAGUAUAUUACUUCUAAUGCCUAAAUUCUGGCAACAGUUUUUUUUAAUCUUUAGUACACAACACACAAAGAAUAUAUGACAUACAGAAAAUGUAUUGAGCAUACCAGUUUUCUGUUGGAUGCACGCAAUUUUCCUAAGUAAAAUUGCCAAGAGGACUUGGAGUUUUAGAAGAGGAAAUUGGGCCGGGGAUUUAGCUCAGUGGUUUCACUGCCUGCUUUGCAAGCACAAGGACCCAAGUUCAAUCCCUGGUACCAAAAAAAAAGAAGAAGAGGAAAUAAUUUCAUGCUGGUGCUCUGACAGCGGUGUUUGGUAACAUGCUCACCUCCCCUCUGCUUGUACAGUUCAUCUGUUUUGUACAAUUUGAUCAUCAGACUUGACAAAUUUAUUAUCCUCUAAUUUCCUGAGCUGAAAGCACAAGAAGAAACAUAAAGAAACUCUGGAAGCAGUCAUUGGGGAGCAUAUGAAGCUGGGUCUGCCUUUUAAUUUUCAUGUGUUUUCUCUGAAUUACCUGACUGUUGGCAGACAAUGCCCUGCACUCAGAUUGUAUUAGCGUCUGUAGGGUGUGUCAGUUCUCAUCAAAGCCAAUUAAAAAAUAGAUCUCUGCCCGUGGA